AUGGCCUUAUCCUCAUUCCAGAGGUUUUUAUUAAGAACGGCGAGGCAAAAGAAACGCGAAGAAAGAAAAGCCGGUGUCGGUACUGCUCUCCCAAAGAGUGUCCCCUUCCCGCCACUAGCGGGUUGUGUCUUCUCGGUCAGUAUCCAGUGGCUUAUACUGUCCCCCUGCAGCAUCAUGGAUAAUGUCCCUUCUCGCGUAUCCGGUCCCCCUCGCCAACUAUACGUUCACUUGCCCGGGCGAUUGUUGUUUGCGAUUUUCUAUUUCUCGCCUAUGUGAUCUGCAAAUUUUAAAUUCUAUAUGAUCUGCAAAUUUUAUACUAACUGUGAUCUGUAAAUUUUAUACUCAAUGUCUUAAUUUAAUAUGUUGGAAUUAAACCUGAGUGGUUUAAAGAACUGGCAACUCAGCAAGACAACCGAUACAUACAGAUACAUUAAGACACAUUUUGUGGCAUAUAGGAAGCGCUCGAACGAUCUAGAGGCUCUCUAAAUUUACCUAGAGGAAGAGGCGAACCUCUAGAUUGCACAAGGAAUGACAUAGCUCUUCAGCGAGUUGAGUCCUGAUGGUCUCGGGCCACCAUUGCUAUACUGAGACAGUAAGGGUACUCACGACCUGAUAGAGCGUGCAAAACUGUAGGUUUUUCUAGAGGAACAGGUGAACCUCUGGAUAACUGGUAAACUGACCCCGUUCUUGUCAGUCAGCUCGUUGAUGUUGAGUACUAGUAUAGGACUGGUGACCAACUAUUGGUAUAUGGGAUACUCAAGGUCAUUAGCUCGCAUUUACGACCUGGAUGACCUGUGCUAUGCACUUCACGUGGCGAAGUGUAACAAAAAUCCUGGGAGAAAAGAGGACCAUUGAAUGCGUAUAUACACAUGAAGGAAAAACCCAGGAAAAACCUUCAGCGGAAUUUGUGAUUGGUUAUAUAAUAUAGACUACAUCAGUUGUUCACAUGCUAAGUUGCCAAAGUUCGAUUCUUUCUGGCAUUUAUAAAUAUUCACAGGCUAAAAUUAGGAGGUGCACAGUCAUAUCGAAACAUAUCUCAUCCAAAAGAUCUAAAACUUUGCCAUAGCUAGUUGCCUUUCACGCAUAUUAAACUUUAUUAAACUUUUUCUAAAGAGAAUGUAAGAAACAAUUAUGUGUGUGAUCACAUUGCAUGGCAAAAAAGUACAAGUUUUAGAGGUCGCGCCUAGGACUAAUGUACGUCAAAUUGUUUAGACUUUGAUUGUUCUAAUACGUUCGAAACUUGCAUCCUAUGAAUUCAAAUUGCGUUUUAAACCUUACAUUUUUGUGCGCAAGUUAUCUGUAAAGUGGUUUUGGAAAACAUCCCUCUUGCACCGGAAAAUUUACUUUUCAGAAUAAUUUGGUCAUAGAAAUAACAGAAGAUCCCAAACCACCGAUACUAACAUAAAGUCGUUACAAAUUGUGCGCAGUUUCAAUUUAGUGGACAUUUUAGAGCUGUGCAUUUUUUAUGCACCCUCUAUAAUAACCAGAAAGUCCACAAACAUCCUCAUUUAUAUACUGUGUUUUUAGAUUUUAUCGACUCAUUCUCGCGUAAAGACUACAAAGAUGAAAAUACUGUCAAGGUAAUUAAAAGUGGUCUUUAGACGAUUUAUGAACAUCGAGCACACUUUCUUAGUGCCGCGAUAGACAGGAAACAAAAUCUUUGAUUUAUAUUAAAAACACUUGUAAAUGGUAAAAUAUUUAGCGGCAGCAACGAACCACAACUGAGAAAGCCAUCUUGUUUUAAACGGGGGAAAUUCAAUGUUUUGUGCUCGCCAUAAAGUAUAAAAUAAAUGAGUGAAAAAAUGCCCAAAAUAAUCCUGAUGACAAGCGAUGCUUGCCACACUCAUCAGGUGAAUUUAAAUGUUGCGCUAUGUUGUUGCCAAUGUGAUAUAUACUGUAUACGUGUUUGACGUAAACGGAAUGCUCAAGUAUUAGAUUACAUAUAGAUUACAUAUUAUAUUAAUCAUAUUCCUACUCUGAAUACUAUAAUUCUUCCCUCAAUAUUCAUAUUCCUAACAAAUAUUCAUGUGCAAACUACUUUAAAACCCAGUAUUCAACAUUCCACUUGCUCGAAACCUGUGCUUAAGCUGUCUUACUCAGCUCAUGAGCACACUUACUCAGGUCAAAAAUUGUUCCAAGAUGGCGCGGACACUUCAUUAUUUUUAAUCGAAAUAUUUCAAGAAGUAGCCUAUAAGAGGUUUUCUGUGCGAUUUUAAAGUUCUUUCAAAUAAAACAAAUUAAAAUUUUUUGCCAUACUGUAUCUCAUUAAUUACACCCACUUAACAUGAAUAAAUUUUCUACGACAAAUGUUUUUGACAAUAUUGUUGUUUUUUGCGCUCAAGUCCAAUCUGUUGCAAAUUGUUCACAAUUUGUGGCAAAUUAUCCAUGACCGAAAACAGCCAAAGUUUCUGUGUACACGAGAAAAAAGUCGUCGUAGAAAAUGUGUUCGUGUAGAAAGGGCUUUUGACAGAAGAUGGCAAACAUCUAAAUAAUAAAAAUAUAUUUGUUUAACAGUCAGACCCAGCCGAGCUGAUUGAAACUGCAAAACGGGCUUUGGCAAAAGGAGAAUUAGAGAUUGCUGAAAAUUAUUCGAUUAAGGCCAUACGCACAGUUAUGUUGGACAACUCAUACAAAAGAAAUCCAGAGCCGUAUCGUUGCUUAGCUGAAGUCCUAGAGAGGAAAGCAGCGGACAGGAAUUUUAAGUUGCCGCAGAGACAACGAUUUCUGCUUCAAGCUGCAGCAUUGUAUAACUUUGUGCGCAACUUUUUAAAAACAGAGGACGUGGAAGCCGAACUGUCGAAAACGUUGUCGAAAAUCGUUUCUCGUAAGCUACUUGAUAUCCAAGACAACAUGGUUGAAAUGGUUGGAGGAAAUCCUCUUUAUUGUAAGUUUGAUUCAGAGCUUAAACAAAAUGAGUUGAAAAAUUUUAGGAAUGAUGUAAAACAAUCGUUGGUGUCUAUGGAGUGCCGUAGAUCGUCUAAGAACCAAGAAUCAGUAAAAAAAUGUGAUGUGCGACAGAUGCUGAAAGAUGAAAUCAAGGAGAUAGAAGGACUAUCUGACACAAUUUCGGUUAGAAUGAAGCAGUUCUUGGCAACGAUAAUUAACGAAUGUUUAGAGUUACUUGGAACACCACCUUGUGCUCAUGAAGUCAUUGUCCUUGGGUCUUUAGCAAGAAAUGAAAUGACGCCAUACUCCGAUUUCGAAUGGGCUAUUCUCACAAAUUCAGAAGAGGAAAAAUGUAAAGUUUUCUUUCGAAAUUUAACAAACUUGGUUCAUUUGCAGGUAGGCAAAGUUUUGUAGUCGUAUAACUUUUAGUAGCCUUCUGUUUCUAUAUCUUAUUAAGCCUCGUUUUCAUUGAUAACUUUUAUUUGUGCACGACAAAAAGUUGACAUUUUUUCUUUGUCAAGUGGAGCCUUUUCCAAAACUAGUCAAGGCAGCUUUUGCACAAGAAAAUCUGUUCGUGUGUACGGCCGAGUGUAGAAGACAUUGACGAAUGUACAAGGAAUAUUUUUAUGGUUUUGGGAAACAAAAGGCAGGCUUGACGUGAGAUAAAUGUUUAACAACAUUCAGAACUUACAACAAAACUUGUUGGGCUUAAAUCCUAUUUACUAAACGUACACUAUUCGACAUUUGUUCGUAGAUAUCAAUUAUGAAUGAUGCUUAAAUAUAUUAGUUUCCGCCCAUAUGCAUUCACGCUGUUCCCCGAUUGGCUGUCCCUAUAUUAAGACAGCCUGAAAGUAGCGGAAACCUUAUUUGAAGUUAAUUGCAAUAAAGCGUAAAUCUGUAAUACAGUAGUUGAGGGGACGAAAAUGGUGGGGAGGGGAUAGGUGAAAAAGUAUAGAAUAAACAAAGGAGGAAAGGAAGGCAUUUAUAGCGAUAAAAAACAGGGGUGAAGCGAAGGGUGGGAGCAGGGAAAAACAAAAAUAAGUGGAAAAGAAUCCAGGGUAGGGAAAUACCAAGCAGGAAAUAUAUUUGAGCAAUCAGCUUAUCUUUACCGUGUUUUAGAUUAUCAAUCUUGGAGAAACCAUUUUACCUAGUAUGAAUAUCGAAGCAAUUAAAGAGGCAUGGUUUUAUGAUGACAUAACAACAAGAGGAGUUUCGUUUGAUGGAUUUCUUCCACAAGCGUGCAAGACGCCUUUGGGAAAUAUGCCUGUAGGAAAUAUGCCGAAAUUUGAGCUGAUUCAUACACCAGAGAAAAUGGCAGAUUUUCAGAACAACGAUUGGUAUCGCAAGAAUUGGAAAUUAGGAGACACCUUGUUGACCUUUUCCCCUUUGCAACCGGAUAAACAUAUACUGGUUGAUGCUUAUCGAACGCAGAUGGCUGAAAUCUUGUCUUGUCCUUGUGAUUCAGAAUGUUGUAAACAUGAUGCUUCGUGUGGUGCUUGGCCUACCCGGGGAUCCUGCCGAGGGCUGAACACUCUUUGCGAAGAUGUGUCUCGUUAUGGGGAUGUGAUGACGGGCAAUAACGACUUGGACGAUGGGAAAUUUUAUGAUGUCAAAAAGGAAAUUUAUCGUUUGACAGAUCGUGUAUUUGCUGCACUGGCGAAAUGUUAUGAAGUUGAUGGAAGCGGAACGUUUGCUAUACUUGACGAACUUUACGGGAGGGAAAUAAUUUCGUCUGAAGCAAGAGAUAACUUUGCAAGUGCUGCGGCCAUUGCAAUUAAGCUAAGAAUAAGUACUUAUCUUGAAGCUGGAAGACAAGGGGAACAGCUCAUGGCAAGUUCAAACGAAGAAACAGGGACUUCCGUUUACUAUAUGCCAAGUAAUGAAAAACUGUUUCACUUUUUCUUUAUUGCCAUUCCUUUGUAUGAAGAGUUACAAAAGAUCAAGCCAGCAGGAAACAUGCCGCCGUCGCUUACACAUAGUUCAUUCUAUGACGAUUCUGACGUCACGAUGGGUCAUAUAUAUUGUCGCUUGUUAAACUACGACGAAGCUCUUAAAUGCUACGACCGUACUCUUCAACAAGAUCCAGAAAACCUGGGUAUUGAAAUCCGUCGAAUAAGUAUUGCACUUUGUAUCACAAAGGGCACAGAAGAGAUGGAUAAGAUUCGAGAAAAUUUGGACUCUUUGUUGUGUAAAAUAGACCAACGUUGGUCCGAACUACAUCAGGAAACCACGCAAUUUGUCAAUCGCUUGGACGUGGAGGAAAGUCGGCAAUUGAUAGAAGUAUUGCUUUCCUCUUCUUCGUUUUUUGGUGAUCGAAAAUAUUUUAAAUUGGCAAGCACGAUUCUGUUCCAAUUUCUGGACGUAGAGGGAAGCAAACGCAGUGCUGCAAGAGAACUACUCAUGAUGAAAUUUGCGUUUAUAAAACAUUUUCCGAAGAGUAUUAUUCAGCAACACAAUAUUGACGCCGUAAUUUCUGAAAUGACAUCUUCGAUUGACGAAGAAGGUGUGAGCACUAAAAGUAUUCUGUGGUUAAAUACGUUUGGUGAGUUUCUAUUUAAUCAGGGUCUAAUUGACAAAGCUUAUCGUUGUUUUCAAAGAGCAUUGAGUAUGGAGCGCUUCCUCUACGGAACCAAACCAAACGUAAAUAUGAUGACAUCGUUACGUUUUCUUGGGAGGACCUCAAUGUGGUUGCUCAUGUAUAGGGAAAGCAGAUUUUACUUCGAAUCGUUGAUGCAACAGUUUGAAUCAUUUGGCGGACCCGCUGGAUUAAUAAUUAAGGAUACUUAUCUCCAGCUGGCAUUGUUGAGUAUCGAAAUGGGAUAUUCUGCCGAGGAAUCUCAGUGCUACCUCGAAAAAGGUUUGAGGACUGCCACAGACAGCGGAAAUGACGUAGUUUUAUCUUUAGAUUGUGCCCUCUACUGUAAACUAGCAGUUACAUGGCAUGUUAAGCACAACCAAGAACAAGCUUGGAAGUCUGUUUCGGAAGGAAAAGCCUGCCUGACAAAAAUUGCUGGAGUAAAACUCAGAGUAAAACUGACUUGUCUGCUCGCUGAAACCUUGGCUAAAAUCAAGGAAAAACACGACGGAAAGACAAUAUUGGAAGAAGAAGUUCAAAAACUUACAUCCCAGUCUCAAGAAAAGGCCUUGUGUCUGAUGAAGCUUGGUAAGCUUUGUUUUGAGCAAGGUUUGGCGUCAGAUGCUGAGAGUUAUUACAGACAAGCGUUAGAGGUUAUGGUUGAUAUGCAGGAAAAUAAAAAUAUUUUUGACAUCUUGGAGUGUCGUAUUGCCAUUUCGAAAGCCAUUUUAAUGGACAAAAGGGAAUCUGAAGCAAAAAAGGUUUUGGAUCAAACUUUCAUUUUCGUCGAAAAAUUGCCUGCGAGUUGGAAAAAAAUUUCUUUUGUUCAGGAUAUGGGAAAAUUGUACGAAAAUCUUCGUGAUAAAAUUCGUGUUCGACAUUGUUUUGGUGCUGCCAUAAGAACGUACAGAGAGCUACCGAACGCCGCCAAGAUAUUCCCGCUCAUGGGUGUUUCUUUAGAGCAGAAGCUUGGAAAAUGGGCCGAGAACGCUUGUGCUAUUAGUUCAGUCGACCCUGAAAUUGCGAUGCAGGCUCAGCGAAGUCAUUAUGAUCGAGCGGCUGAAGAAUUACGGCAACAUGUAGCAACGGGACAAGUUGACUUUUCAACUGUUGAAAUGUUUUUAUCAUUGGUUUUACAAUACACGUCAGUAGACAUAAGUGAGAAGAGAAGACUUUUGUUGGAAACUUUGAAAGUUAGCGAAAUAGUAUACGGAAAAAAUAGAUCAAAUGAGAUCGUCACCAAGGUACUUGAACAGCUUUCAAACACGUACUUGAUGAGAGAAAAUAUGCAAGACGCUAUAAAAUAUAGAGAGCUUCUAAUAACGAUGGAGAUGGAUCUGCAUUCAUCAAACCCAUUUCAUGAACAUAUAUUCCAGAGUUUGAUGUGGUUGGCCUCUUUUUCCUUCAAAUAUCCUGUCGGUGUUGAUACUGUCGAACGUGCUUACGAAUUCCUUCUAUCUGCUCAGAAGGACAAGGCUUCAGAGAACAGUACCGCAAAAGCAGCCGCUGUCAGAUGUUUCACUUCCCUAGGCGUAUUAUUCUGUACUUUAGGUGACCCGGAAAAAGCCGAGACUUUGAAUGAGAUGGCAAAUCAGUUAUUUAGCAAAAUUCACGAAAGUGUUGAAAGAAAAAAACUACUUUGCAAAACAACGUGCGACAUCAUGAAAGAAAUUUUACCAUCGAAGAAAAUAUUACCGUCAGAUAGGAAAAAACUUUCCGCAUCUAUUCGGAAAGCAUUUGUUGCUUUGCCGCUACAAGAUACCUUUGCUGAAGACUUAAAUACUUUGGAGAAUUGUAGCAAUGGUCGUGAAAAUGUGAAGUUCUUCACUUAA